AUGUCGGACGAAGAAUUCAAAACAUUAAAAGUUCAAUGCAAUAUGCUUAAAAAUCGAUUAUUUCGGUUUGAACAAUUUUUAAAUGAUGCAGCGAAUCAUAAGAAAAUCGAUGAAAUUGAUAUUCGUUUACAAAGAUUAGAUGAAACAUGGAACGAAUUCCAAACUGUACAACUUUCUAUAGAAUUAAUUGACAAUUCUGACGAAAUUUGUGCUGAGAGGAAUGUCUUUGAAGACAAAUAUUUUUAUUUAGUUUCAAGAUUCAGAUAUUUAAUUAACACUUAUAAAACACACUCUAACAACAAUCAAGUAGUUCCUAAUAAUUAUCUAAAUCCGUCAAUGAACAUAAAACUACCUCAAAUCGACCUGCCGCAUUUUAAUGGAACAUACGAGAACUGGUUACCCUUUUAUGAGGGAUUUAAAGCACUUGUUCUUGAUAAUCCGUCACUCAACAAUAUUCAACGCUUUUAUUAUUUACUUUCGGCUUUAAAGAAUGACUCGAUUCAGGUAGUUCGGUCACUAGAAAUCAGCGAUCACAAUUUUGAUAUAGCAUGGCAAUUGCUGAAGGACAGAUAUGAGAACAAACGUGUAAUUGUUCAAAAUCAUAUAAAAGGCAUAUUUGAGCUCCCCGUUAUGAGCAAAGAAAAUCACGGUAUCUUAAGAAAAAUUAUAGACGGUUUUUCUAAACAUCAAAGAGCUUUAAAGUCAUUAGGACAACCAGUCAAUACCUGGGAUACAUUAUUGAUUUAUAUUUUAAGCAAUAAAUUAGAUAAUCAUACAAGACGCGAAUGGGAAGCAUCUUUAAAGUCAGAUCAGCUACCAGAUAUAACUAUAUUUUUAGAUUUUCUUAAAAAUAAAGCACAAUUGCUCGAAACAUUAGACACUCGUGAAACAAAUAGGGUAGUAGGAGUUAAGUCAGAUAAAUCAUUCAUGCGUUCAUCAAGUCAUUUAGUCACCAAAGCCAAUGAUCAAUUUAGAACUGAUUGUAGGUUUUGCAGAGAUAAUCACAUGAUUUACAAAUGUGAUAAAUUAUUAGCUCUUUCUCCUAAGGCAAGAUAUACGGAAUUAAACAAAUUAAAUAUAUGUUGUAAUUGUUUAAAAUUCGGACAUUCAGUAAAUACAUGUCGAAGUAGUAGUGCUUGUAAGCAAUGUCAUAAACGACAUAACACUGUACUGCAUUUCAAUAAUUACAUUGUCAAAGAAAAAAACGUUACAGAAUCGCCUACAUCAAAUGGCACAGAAUUAUCUACAGUUCAACCAACACAUCCCAGUGUUCACAUAUCACAAGAACGUCAGAUUCUGUCAAAUUCAGAAGAUUCCAUCGUGAACGUGACUUCUCUAGAACAAAAUUUGUUACAUUCCAAAUCAGUAAACGAGCAGGUAUUGUUAUCCACCGCACAUAUACAUGUUUUUGAUAUAAAUAAUAAGCCUGUCAAAUGUAGAGCAUUAUUAGAUUCAGGUUCUCAAUCGAAUUUUAUGACUCAUGAAUUAUUCAAAGUGCUUAAACUAGACGCUUUACCGAUUCAAAUACCGGUAACAGGAAUUAAUCAAACAAGUUAA